GUGCCUCCCUGUGAGGGAGGCGAGAACAUGGCGGAAGCGGAGGAGAGGCUGCGUCCGCUGAGCGGGCGCUAAAGAAGGGGGCCUUCGUCUUUCCCUCUCAAGCACCCGCCCCGCCCCCCCUCAGCGCGCGCGGCGACCGUUGGUGGACAAAUCAUUCCACAGUUAUGGAGCAUGAACCAAGCACAACAACAUCUUCCACAGGCACAACAACGAUAGCCACCACAUCUUCCCCUUCCCGUACACAGCCUCCUCAGAUAUCUGUUUAUAGUGGGUCAGAUCGACAUGCUGUACAGGUUAUUCAGCAGGCUUUGCAUCGUCCCCCUAGCUCUGCAGCUCAGUAUCUUCAGCAGAUGUAUGCAGCUCAACAGCAGCAUUUAAUGUUACAAACAGCGGCUUUGCAACAGCAGCAUUUGAGCAGCGCUCAGUUCCAGAGUUUGGCCAGCGUACCACAGACAAACUUAUCAGGAGGAAGGCAAUGUGCAUCCCCCAAUGGCAGUGUCACUCAGCAGUCAAGCGUGUCAGAAACUUCUAUAAAUCUCUCUGCUUCUCCUACACCUGCUCAGCUAAUAAGCCGUUCACAGGCAUCCAACACCAGUAGCAGUAGCCUUACCCAACAGACCAUGCUACUAGGGAGUACGUCCCCUACUCUGACUGCCAGCCAGGCUCAAAUGUAUCUUCGAGCUCAAAUGCUGAUUUUUACACCUGCUACCACUGUGGCGGCUGUCCAGUCUGACAUUCCUGUUGUGUCAUCAUCAUCUUCGUUUCCCUGUCAGUCUGCAGCUACUCAGGUCCAGAAUUUGACACUGCGCAGCCAGAAGCUGGGUGUAUUGUCCAGUUCACAGAAUGGCUCUCCAAAAACGAGUAGUCAAGCCCAAACACUGAGUGCAUGUCUUAAUAAACCUAUAACCAGUACCAAAGCUAGCCAGUCAGAUCCUCCAGAAAGCAAAAGGAAGGGAGACAGCCCAACUGCAGAGCUUCGGAGUCCAGCUGUUACACGUACAUCAAGUAUUCAUCAACUCAUAGCACCAGCUUCAUAUUCACCGAUUCAGCCUCACUCUUUGCUAAAGCAUCAGCAGUCCUCUCUUCAGUCUCCACCUUCAAAAAUUUCCCACCAUCAGUUGAUCUUCCAGCAGCAGCAAGUUCAACCAAUCACACUCCAGCUUCCUCCAAAUCAGGAAACUUCUCCAUCACAUCACUGUGUACCACUCCAGAGUCAUGCCCUCCCUCCACCUCCCAGUAGUACCACAUCACAACAUUGUACAUCUGUUCACAUCCAUGCCCCCCUGCCUCCUCCACUUUCUCCAACUCCAUCCCAGUCUUCACAGCAAUCAGUGGUAGUAUCACCCGCACCACCAUCUUCUCCCAGUCAGUCACCAACCAUAAUUAUCCAUCCCCAAGCUCUUAUUCAGUCACAGUCACAUCAACUAGCAUCAUCAGCACUUCAGCCAGAGCAUAACCAAGCACAAGUUGAUGGUAGUCCAACAGAACCAGUACCACAGUCUGCUAGUCUUCCACCCCAGCUGACAUCUUCCCCAGUAGUACAUAUUGGGUCUGCUGAUCCACCUUCCAUAGUGUCCACAGGACAACAGAUAACAUCUCCAACAGCUCAUCCACAGUAUCCAGCUUUACAACCCACACCAAUUCCAGUUGCAACUUCUGCACAGAUGUCAACAUCUCCCGCACACAACCAAACACUCCCCCUUCCUCCUGUGCAGUCUUUACAUGUACAGCCUGAAAUUUUGUCCCAGGGUCAGGUUUUGGUGCAAAAUACAUUGGUUUCUGAGGAGGAACUUCCUGCUGCUGAAGCUUUGGUACAGCUGCCAUUUCAGACUCUUCCACCUCCCCAAACAGUUGCAGUAAACCUUCAAGUACAACAGGCAGUACCUGCAGAGACCCCCGUGAUUUAUCAAGUAGAUGAGAUGUGUGAAGAAGAUAUUCCAGAAGAAUCAGAUUGUGUCCGUAUGGCUAGGACCCCCACUCCACCCACCUUGUCACCACCAGCUAUAAACAGAGAAGAUCUUUCCUAUGAGGAGCCAUUUUCAGAACAAGAUGGACAUCCUUCAGUUGCUUCAUCAGUCAGCGCUUCUGUAAUUAAAUCAUCAUCAGACCCUUCACAUGCUUCUAUUCCACAACCACCUCUUUUGCUUCCAGCAGUCACAACAAGAAGUAACACUGCACCAGUGUCUAAUAGGAAUCCUUGCAUAGAUAACAAACUUCCACAGGCUAUCGUUAAGCCACAAAUCCUGACCCAUGUUAUUGAGGGCUUUGUAAUCCAAGAGGGGUUAGAGCCAUUUCCUGUAAGUUCUUCAUCUCUUAUGGUUGAUCAGCCUGCAAAAAAGAGAGCCCUAGUGGAAGGACAGGUGAUGAAUGUUAUGUGUGUUGAGCCAGAGCUACAGAACAAUGCAAAACAUGCAGACAACUCAUCAGACACAGAGCUGGAGGAUAUAAUUGCUGAAGAGGGACUAGAUGAGAUGGAAACUGAUCUCCUCAAGUGUGAGUUCUGUGGGAAAAUGGGCUAUGCGAACAAGUUCCUGCGGUCAAAGCGGUUCUGCACCAUGUCCUGUGCUAAGAGGUACAAUGUCAGUUGCAGUAAGAAAUUUGGAUUAUAUUCAGCAGACAAGAGCAGUCGUUGGAACCGGAACCCAGAUAGUCAAAGCCUUGGGCGACGUGGGCGACGGCCAGGCAGUUGUGAUGGAGCUCCUAGAGAACCCUUCCAUAGACAGCUUCCAAUUACUUAUCCAUCUGCAGAAGAAGACUUGGCUUCUCAAGAAGAUAGUGUGCCAGUUGCCAUGACCACUCGCCUGCGAAGGCAAAGUGAAAGGGAAAGAGAACGUGAACUUAGGGAUCUGAGAAUUAGAAAGUCAGCAGAAAACAUAGAUUUGUUACCAGCUGUGCAAUCUGACCCAUCCAUAUGGACUGUUGAAGAUGUUUGGGCCUUCAUACACUCUUUGCCAGGUUGUCAAGAAAUUGCUGAUGAAUUUCGAGCCCAAGAGAUUGAUGGACAGGCUCUUCUCUUACUAAAAGAGGAUCAUCUUAUGAGUGCAAUGAAUAUUAAGCUAGGACCUGCCCUAAAAAUCUGUGCACGGAUCAAUUCCUUGAAGGAAUCGUAGUGGAAAACUAGGGCUUUAAAGCUCAGCUUCUGUCAGAUGAUAGACUUAUAAAGUAAUAAGCAAACAUCUCAAUAUUUGAUGUAAUUAUUACUGCUAUGUUUUGCUAAGCAUCUUUUCCCACAUACAGACUAUUGGAAGAGCACAUUUAAUGUAACCUUCCAAACCUUCCAGUAAUUAUCCAGCUUAUCAGGAAGCAUAAGCUGUGCUGGCAAAUUAUCGUAGUCAAAUGCAGAGCAAGGUAGAGUAAGUGUAAAGCUCUAUGAAGUCUAUGUAAUAUGUUGUGGGUGGUGCUUAUUCCAAAAAGCCAAUUAUUUACCAUACAAAAUUUAAGAUUUUUUAGAUAAUAUAACCUUGAUUACCAUUUUAAAUUGUGUUUAUAUACACUUUUUCCUUUGUAGAAAGCUUUUUAAGAAUAUGGAUUAACAGAAGAGUCCACAGAGUCUGUGGAAGUGUUGAUUAUGGUAAAAUGCUAUGCAUUUAAUUGUGCUCUUUCAGUUUCAAUUGAUCUUGAGUGUACAGGUUGAAGGGAAUUUGCAACGGAUCUCCCAUUCUAUCAUAACCUUAAAUCUCACCCACCGUGUUAUUUCCUUUAAGUGCAGAAGAUUAUCCGUCAAAGCCGUCUGCUUUCAGAUUCUUAGGUCCUCCUUAUCAAAAAAAGCAGCACUCCCAUGUAUACAAACAUGUUGAAUGUGUUUUGUUUUUUUAAUGGCAGCACGGAGGUGUCUUUGAUAAAUGAAGUUGCACAGUGAACAUGAUGAACAUAAUGGUAAAGCUGCUGGAAACUGGAAUGGCAUGUCAUACUUUUUAAAGAAUACCUACAAAUAUUUUAUGCUGAUUAUUUUAUGUUGCUAUGCACAGAAGAGAGCAUUGUGUUGUUACUCUUCUAGUUCUUCUUGCUGCUAGUUAACAUAGAUCAAAGGAAUUAACACAUACUUUUCCAUCCACUCAAAAACAAAUGAAAACUGUCAUCCAUGUUCUAGUGUGCAACUCCAAAUCACUGAAUAAUUCUAAAGAACAAAUUAGAGGAACAGUCAUUUCUGGACCUUCUUUUCCUGCUAUAGUUCUUGUUAACUCCCUUUAUUAACCCCCUUCAGUAGAUAUUCUACUGGGUAUUGCUAGGGACACUGUUCUUCACUUCAUGUUUGGAAUAAGUUCUUUUUGCAAUGACAGUGAUUUCAGCUCUUAAUAUUUUCUCAUGGCUCAGUGUUACCUGCAAAUGCUACGAUGAAAAUUACUUAAGCCAAUUUCACCAAAGUAUUAAGAAGUAGUAUUCAUAUAUUUUCAAUAUUUUAAAAUUUUGCAUUAGAUACCUGGAAGCCCUGCUCAUUGAGAAAUUUUCCCAAGCAAAACAUAUGAAAGGUUCACAAGACCAAGGAAUUUCAGUUCACUUCAAUAAGUGUUUGUACAAAAGAAAAGCCCUGAUUUUCACCACUGUGUGAUUAAAUGUGAAUCUUCCACAAAAAGAUAUCUAUAUUAAUUUCAGGCUUGUAUACAUUUCAAUAAUAAUAUUAAAAUGGAUUUCUUUCUUGGAAAUGAUUUACUAAAUGAUUACUAAACUUUUAGGCACUAUAACUGUUAUCCAGUUAAUGUUCUGCUGAUGAAAUGUAUCAGUGGAAUGAGGAUAGAAAUAUUUUUUGUUUUCCUCUUCCCUGAAGCAAUCCCCCACAUUCUUCCAAAAUCUGCAUCUUUUUAUCUAAACGCUAAACAUAAGAGUAGACAAAACAACAUUGUGUUUCUUUGCUUUGAGUGAGGUCAGGUACAACCCAAAAAAUGGGUUAAGAAAGAUCAGUAUUCUUUGUCAGCUUAACAACAGUGUCACAAUUUUUACUAAAUAGCACUCAUGAAUACAGAAAAGUUACCUAAAUUUACUCAUCUGUAACCAUUCCGUAUUCACAAUCGCUACUAAAUCCCAAUUGUGUCACUAUUGCCCAACCUACUUUACUAGGCAUCAGCUGUAUGGGGAGAAGGAGGUCCAUUCUGCUGGUCAUCAGAACACAGGUGAAUGACAUCUCAUUCUGUGUUUUUUGUGGGAGGGGCGCAAGCCAGGAGAGGUAAGUUAGGGCCUAAACAGACAGCCCUAAAGGGGUGGCUUAAUGCUGCCCCUUUGAAUGCUGGGUUGGGGCCGUUGCAACCACAUGCCACAACCCCAACCUAACUGUUUGCCGGUGCAAAAAGAAGCAGCAGAAAACCGCUCCUUUUUGAGCCAGCAAAGCACAAGCUUUUCCAUCACCGCCUCAAGUUUACAGCGCUCCUGUGAUGUGUGACGUCUAAAUGCUGUGCCACCAGAGCACCGCAAAGCUGCCCUCUGUGCAGUCAGGCAGGAGGCUUCAGAGCAGCUUCCUGCCAGCUUAGGGGGAUGCAUCGUCUAAACAACAUGCUCCCAAGCCAUUGGGAAGCCGCCGCAAAGGGUCCAUCUGUUUCACCCCUUAGUUAUAUAAUGUGGACCUUAACAUACUUUGGGGAGAGCCACCAAAGAAGUAAAUAAAUGAGCAUCUGUGUAAAUAAUCAAGAAUUAAAAGUUAGGUUAAUUAAGUAGGUGAUUAAGAAUACUGAUCAAGGUUUUUAUUUCAUUUAUGCAUUGGCACCUUUUUAAAUUACAGGCUAAAUCUCCCUUAUCCCAAAUUCCGAAAUCCAAAAGAUACCAAAAUCGUCCACAUUGGUGGCUCAUCCCUUUGCUUUCUGAUGGUUCAGUGUACACAAACUUUGUUUCAUGCACAAAAUUAUUAAAAAUAUUGUGUAUAAAAUGACCUUCAGGUUAUGUGUAGAAGGUGUAUAUGAAACAUAA